AUGUAUGAGAUGUACCAGAUUGUAAGGUUGAAAUCUAUAGGUUACUCCAUAGGUGGUGGUGCCAACACUCUCAGUAAAGGUUACUCCAUAGGUGAUGGACUUGGAGCAGAGAUUGUUGGUACAUUUGUUCUUGUUUACACUGUCUUCUCUGCUACUGAUGCCAAGAGAAAUGCAAGAGACUCACAUGUUCCUAUUUUGGCACCAUUGCCAAUUGGAUUUGCUGUGUUUUUGGUGCAUUUGGCUACAAUUCCAAUUACAGGGACUGGUAUUAACCCAGCAAGAAGUCUAGGUGCUGCCCUUAUAUACAACAAAGAUCAAGCUUGGGACGAUCACUGGAUUUUUUGGGUUGGGCCUUUCAUUGGGGCAGCACUUGCAGCUCUGUACCAUCAGAUAGUGAUCAGGGCUAUCCCCUUCAAAUCAAAGUGA